UAUGGUAGCGCGGCGUUGCGUGGGACGAAGUUGCAAUAUCGAGCAUCAGAAAUGGUAGGCUCAGGAUGCGCAACGGGGGUUACUCCAUAUCAUCUGAUCCUCACUUCUCUGUGUGUUAAAUCUAAGCAGGCACAGGCAGUUACAGUAAGUCGCUCAUUGCUCCCCCCUUCUUCCGCCUUUCCAUGUACGGAUAAGAGUCGUCGGUGGCAGUACUUCACGAAUGCCGGAAGGGGUCCCAGGCCUCUGCUUUGUGUGCCAAAACCUGAAAAUAGCAAAAAAACACAAGUUGAAGGUGAAGGAGCUUCUGCUUCCGAAGAAGUGGAACUAGAGCGAAAUCUCCUCUUCCUCCCCAGAAGGAUUCAAAAUUCAGGAAUAAUAUCUUCAUGCUUGGUUGGUCUCCUCACCGGCCUCGCUGUCGUGUUUUUCAAUAACGCUGUCCAUGAAAUUCGUGAUUUGUGCUGGGAUGGGAUUCCCUCUCGAGGCGCCUCGUGGUUGAGAGAAGAGCCUAUUGAGGCAACAUGGACAAGAGUGAUACUGGUUCCAGCUUUCGGAGGCGUGCUUGUGGCCGUGUUGAACCUCCUUCGUGAUUCUGCGGUCGAGCAAGAGCAAAACCAAGACCCAUUCAUGUCUGCUUCCCGCCCUUUCUUAAAGGCCUUGGCGGCUUCUAUUACCUUAGGCACUGGUAAUUCCCUUGGUCCUGAGGGUCCCAGCGUCGAGAUUGGUACUUCCAUUGCCAAAGGUGUUGGUUCUUUCUUUGACAAGAAUUCUGCCAGAAUGCUCUCGCUUCUGGCUGCCGGAUCUGCUGCAGGUCUCUCCUCUGGUUUCAAUGCUGCUGUUGCUGGUUGUUUUUUUGCGGUUGAGUCUGUCUUGUGGCCAUCAUCUGCUGAUGCAACUUUGCCUCUUACAAAUACUACUUCUAUGGUGAUACUAAGCGCUGUAAUAGCUUCCGUAGUUUCGGAGAUUGGCCUUGGCUCUGAACCAGCCUUUAAAGUUCCAGAAUAUGAUUUCCGUUCUCCUGGUGAGCUCCCACUGUAUCUACUGCUGGGUAUUUUAUGUGGUCUUGUGUCGUUGGCUCUGUCUUGGUGUACAUCAUAUAUGUUGAAUAAUGUUGACAAUAUUCACAAGGCUACUGGCAUCCCACGAGCUUCAUUCCCUGUGUUAGGAGGUUUAUCAGUGGGGUUGAUAGCAUUGGUAUAUCCUGAAAUCCUCUACUGGGGUUUUGAGAAUGUUGACAUCUUGUUGGAAUCUCGGCCAUUUGUGAAAGGUCUUUCCACUGACCUUCUGCUUCAGCUAGUAGCCAUUAAGAUAAUUGCAACUUCUUUGUGCCGGGCGUCUGGACUAGUGGGAGGGUAUUAUGCUCCAUCUCUCUUUAUUGGUGCAGCUACUGGGAUGGCUUAUGGGAAAUUCAUUGGUUUGGCUGUUGCUGAGUUCUAUCCUACGAUUAAUCUCUCUGUAUUGGAAGUGGCAUCACCACAAGCUUAUGGCCUGGUUGGAAUGGCUGCGACUCUUGCUGGAGUUUGUCAAGUGCCUCUUACUGCAGUUUUACUUCUGUUUGAAUUGACGCAGGACUAUCGGAUUGUUUUACCUCUACUUGGAGCAGUGGGCUUGUCUUCAUGGAUAUCAUCUGUACAGACAAAGAGGGGAGAUGGCAGUCAAGAAUCAUCUACUGGUAAUAACUUUGGGGGAGUUAUGCCAUUUUCAAGCAAUUUGUGUCAGGUGGAAAGCUCACUUUGUUUAGACAAUGAUGAUGUUAAAACAACAUAUUCCAUGAGAACACUUGUUUCAGAAGCCAUGAAUACGAAAUAUCUGAAGGUCUCGAUGUGCACCCUGCUUACUGAUGUAAUAGACCUCAUGCUUGCUGAGAAAGAGUCCUAUGCUGUAAUUAUUGACACUGAUGAUACUUUGAUUGGUUUUUUCACACUUAAAGACAUUCAAGAGUACGUAAAAUUUGCAACAGCCAGAAGCAAAAUGCCUAAGGAGCUUUUAGUUUCUGAAUUAUGCCUAUUAAAUGGCGGAGUAUGUAGUAUACCAUGGACAGCUACUCCAGACAUGGAACUUAGUUAUGCUCAAAUGACUAUGAACAAAUAUGGAGUCAACCAAGUUCCAGUAGUGAGGAAUAUCCAUGGAAGAGCAUACCCAGUUGGCAUAUUGGAUCCUGACAGUAUCAGUCUAACAUACAGAUUUCAGAUACAAAUGCAGAUAUGCACCCCCUUAAAGAUGAAUGAUGAAACAGACUAAAGUCUGUAAAUCCAAUUGAAAAUCUAGGAUGGUAUGGAUAGAACUGAAAGGGACAGUAAUAGGUGUGGAAGCUUCUUUGGGAGACUUUAUUAUUCAACAUCAAGUAUUUAAGUAGAAAAAAUUAUAAGAAAUAUGAGGGGUAAUUCUUAAUUUCAACCUUUUUGGCUUUGGGGGUGAAGGAGGGGAUUACCAAUUUUCUCUGUCCUGUUGUGUCUGUGUUAUGUUUCUAAGUAAUUAUUUAUUCUUGUUAA